CCGCUUGCAGAAGGUGAGUUAGCAGAUGGGCAGGGCUGCACAGUAACCAUUCCCGGUGAGGACCAGCGGUGGGAGUGGAUCGCUGCUCAGAGCGGACUGAACCACUGGAGGAAAGACUUCAUCCAGUAGCUCAAGUUAGCUGGCUAACUUGCUGCUAGCUAAUCUAAAGCUUAAAAUGUUUACUUUCCGCGCUUCGCAAAUUGAACGGAAUGGUCGCAGAGUCGCAGAGGGAUUGUGCCAUGACAUAACAGCGCCGUGUUGUUGAUGUUUCCGAGCCUUGAGUUAUGCUCUCACGAAAGAAAAGUAAAAACGAAGCGUCGAAACCAGCUGAGGUACACGGGAAAUAUGUGAAGAAGGAAACGUCGCCGCUCCUGAGAAAUCUUAUGCCCUCAUUCAUCCGUCAUGGACCCACUAUUCCCAGACGCACAGAGGUCCCUCUGCCAGACAUGGGGCCCUCUGCCUACCCUGUGGCACCCAGCCGGGAGCCUGUGGUGUCCCGCAACAAGAGUUUUCUCCGUACCCCUGUGCAGAGGCCUCCUCAUGAGGUGGCCCGCAGAGAGAGCCACCGCAUGUCAGCACCUCCAUACCUGCCUCGCAGUCUGGGAGACCUGCCCCAUGAGUACGGAGGCUCAUCACAGUCCUUCCUCACAGACGUGAGCCCCAUGUCUGAGAAUGGAGACGCGCCCCGGUAUUAUUACCCGUCUGAACCUUACUAUGACAACCAGCAGCACCAACAGCAUCAGCAGCACCAGCCUAGGAGGGUCCCAGACCGCUUUCCUGAGGACUAUAGAUACUAUGAGCACAAUGAACACAACUUCCAAAGACUUCCACGACAACACACUCCACCAGCUCCAAGCAGACCCCCUUCAGGCAUAGGUCGAAUACAGGCCAAGUCCCUCGGGAACCUCUCCAGUCUAACAGGAGAGGACCUCCCCCUUCCUGCCGGCUGGAGCGUUGACUGGACCAUCCGUGGCAGGAAGUACUACAUUGACCACAACACUAACACUACACACUGGAGCCACCCUCUGGAGAGGGAAGGGCUCCCUCCAGGCUGGGAAAAGGUGGAGUCGGCUGAGUUUGGGGUCUACUAUGUGGAUCACAUCAACAAGAGGGCACAGUAUCGUCAUCCCUGCGCUCCAAGUGUGCCUCGCUAUGAUCAGCCUCCACCAUUACCACCUCCUGUGACCUAUCAGCCACGUCCUGCAGAGAGGAACCAGCCGGUGCUGGUGCCAGCUAACCCGUACCACACAGCUGAGAUCCCAGACUGGCUGCAGGUGUACGCCCGUGCCCCUCUCAAGUAUGACCACAUCUUGAAGUGGGAGUUGUUCCAGCUGGCAGACUUGGACACGUAUCAGGGCAUGCUGAAGCUGCUCUUCAUGAAGGAGCUGGAACACAUCGUCAAAUCGUACGAGGCGUACCGGCAGGCGCUGCUGUCAGAGGUGGAGGCUCGCAAACAGCGGCAGCAGUGGUACGCCCAGCAGCCCAACAAGAACUUCAUAGGGAACAUGUGAUGUGUAUGUGCAGCAGGGGCGUCUCGCUGCCACACCUCUCUGAGGUUUCCACACUUUGGGAGCGGUCAGGGUUUCCUUUGAAAUCAUGAUCGACUUUUAAUUGCCUCUUUACCAAACACAUCUGUGCCUUUGCUUGAUCCAAAUAUAUCAGCCAGGAAGUCAAGACACGCAUUGGCGGGUGGCCCCUUCCCCACCAUGUGACUCACAAUUUAUGAAUGACCAUGUGACUGAAAAAACACAAUGAAGAAAAAAAACCUAUAAUGUGCUACAUCUGGGGAGACUGCUUGUGGUUCCAUUUACAGCCACUGCCCUGAGAACUCAAUUGCUGUAUGGAUUUCUGUUUUUAAGACUGAGGAGAACAGAGUCUGAAAAACUACGGAUAUUUGUUCAAAAACAUCCUAACAUUGUGCCUUUUUUUAAUGAAAUAAAACGCAGCAUUUUUACGAUGUCUGCUCAUGUUUUGUAUACACCAGCUACUCCGUCAUUUUUUCCUGUGGGAGAAAAUGACAGGCAGCGUCUUCUAAUUUGUCUCUGUUUGAAAUACUUCAUGACUAUUUCUUUGCUUUGCUUUGUUACCCUCAUAAACUGAAACCACACUCUUUUACAUUAAACAAAGAAGUGUGCAUUUUUCUUUUUUUAUGACAUAUCCUUUAUAAGACAAUCCACCAAAACUUUCACAGAUAUUUAAGUUUUGAUAUGAAACACAUCUUUAUUUAAAGACCUUUGUUGGAUGAAGCAUCACAUUUGAUGCAGUGGUUUGAGCAUCUCUUGGCUCUUGGCAUUACUGUAAAUCAGGAAUAUUCUUAUUCUGUGUGUGUAUAAUGAAACAUAAAUAAGCUACUAGAACUUUAUAAAACAGUUCAGAAGACUGAUUAAGUUUGCCAAACAAGUGCAAUUCAACUUCUCCUUGUUUCAUUCUUUCUGGAUAUUUCAUGCCUUGGUGUAAUGCCUUAUUUUUAUGGACGACACGUCUCUUCUGUGGAAGAAGUGCAGAUUCUUGGAAGCAUAUUCUAUUGCUCACUAAUCAAUCAGCUCUUAAGAUACUCAGAAAUGUUUUUAUGUUGGAGGUUUUGUCUAGUAGAGACUGGUGCUAGCUUCCAAUAAAUUUUCUCACUAAGGUGAAAAAAAGACAAAUGCUUUAUGACACUAUUAACAACAAACGAAUAUACAACGAAAAAUAUUUUCACAGUAAAAUAAAGUGUUUAAUGGGACCUGUAUAUGAGAGUGAUUACAAAUCCAAACAUUUCUGAAUGUCCUAAAAGGGUGUCUGAUUAGGUAACAGUGGAAUAGGUUUGUGAAGAACCUCUCUUCAAUGAGUCCUUCACUAUGCAAGAAGGUCUCGAUCAGAUCUUUUUUCAGAAUGGUGUCAUCAGUUUGUACAUAUCUGAUUUUGUGGAUUGCAAAUACAGGACAUAAGCAAUAAAGUCUGCAGUGAAGAAAAAUACA